UUGUAUCUUAUAACUUUCAAAAUAACUUUAAUACUGAUGCAGUACAUGGUAAAUACAAUGUACCUAUAUACGACUAUAUCUAUAUUAGUACAUAAUACAAUACGCAUUUAUUCUAAAUGAACACAUAUUGUCCGGUUACAGACACAGCGAUAAUAUAAACCGUCCAAGUCGACCGCAACAUGAUGCGGUUUAUAACAGCCGCAGCGGUUAAGGCGGGUUUCCACUAUACACGAACGCGUGUACGUGCAUAGAAGUCCUUUGCUGGGUUUGGUUGGUUAGGUUAAGUUACCACACGAUACCGUAACCACGAUACCGUGUUGUUGGACAUUUUUCGUGUACACGGCAAACGUGUAUAGUGGAAACCCGCCUUUAUUUUAGGAUAGUGGCGGUAUAAUUCAAAACGAUGUUUUUUGAUCGAACGGGACAAGCGGAUGAUUUCUACCGCUGCGGCGCUAGAAUUCUGCGCGAAUCCCGAGUACCAGGCAGUGUGUUACCAGACCGACCAGUCACCGCACGUUCACACUAUUCUAAAAUAAACGCUGUGGCCGUCCGGUUAAAAAAUAAACCGCGUCGUGUUGCGGUUGUACCUAUAUCAAAACGCAUUUGAAACAAUAGUCUAUCACACUGACGUACGUAACCGGACGGGUCGCAUCAUUGCGUGCCUGAUAUUAUUUUUUAAUUUUUAUUAUUACCACAAUAGUACCUAAUAAUAUAACAUAUUUUAAAUACAUUGAAAAAAUGUUUGAUGUGGAUAAAUUCAUUAAAUGUAUUCAUAACAAUAAUGCGAUUUGGGAGACAAGUUCGAAACAAUAUAUGGACAAGAAUAUGAAAACCCAAAGUUGGGUAAAUGUUGGACAAGCUGUCUAUGAAGACUGGGACGAGUUAUCAACUACCGAAAAAGAUGACCGAGUAAAAUAUUUGAAAAAUCGUUGGAGGCAUAUACGUGAUGGGUAUUCUAAAUUUUUAAACCAUGGUAAAAAAGGAAAAUCACCCAAGAAAAAAAAAUUUGCUUACUCAAAGUCCUUAACAUUUUUACAACAAGUUCUAAUAAAAAGAAAAAUAUCAAGUAAUAUAGAAAAUCGUGAAAAUAAAGAUAACGAGGACAACAUUUCGAUAAGUGAAAAUGAAAUAGAAAAUACUGAAGAACCGUUAUCAACGCCAAUGGCUUCAACUUCUAACGCAGCUUGUUCAAGCAUAAAUACUACAGCGGAAAAAAAAAGAACAUACCUUAAUCCAUUUAAAACCGCAUUACUGGAAUGUUUUGCAGAUUCACUAAGUAACGAGAAUGAUAUUGACCCUGAUAAAGCAUUUCUUCUUUCGAUCUUACCAGAUUAUAAAAGUUUGGAUCGAGCAAAAAAAAUAGAUUUUCGUCAAUAUAUUUUAGACUUCUUUAAAAAUCAAAAUUCCUCUACUCUAUAAAACACACAUCAAUCACAAUUCACAGCUAAAUUAAUAUCAAUAUUAUUCAAAAUCGGUAUACACUGAUCAGCUACCUCAUCAACCAUUUACAUCAUCGACUAUCCACUGCCUCAACAAUAUCAACAUCAGUAUCAACAUCCACCAAACCAAGACCACGUAAUCUUCGCAACAUCAUUUUGAUGUACCUGCACCACAGAAUAGAUGCCAUUUAUUAGAUUUAAUCUAUUCCUUGCACCUUCUUAAGUAUCUGUUUAUCCCAUUAAUAAUGUAUCAGAACUCAGAAGAAACUCUAAGACCAAUAACAAAAUAAUAUAUUUGUUUCCCAGACCAUUUUUAUUAAAAUUUUUUCCAAAGAGACUUUUUUUCAGUUUUUAAAAUGUAUUAAUUAACAGC